UGUCACGGUUGAGUUGUCCUGGCUUGCUUCUACUUCGUGGACAUAAAUGACGGCUCAGACCUCCAUCAUGUUCAGUCAUACCUUAUUGACUACACAAUCCACCUGUUAACGCAUACAGUUUGUGCAGUGGGGCAAGCCACGUUACGUAUGCCGCCGCCCUCUUCUAGCACUCCUUAGAAGCUACAUAAUUCUGCCGCUUAGCGACGGUCCAAGUACAGUUACCACUGCAUCGGUUGACGGCUUCGCUACUCCAAUUCAUUUGAACCCUCAUGGAAUACUCGAUCUUCACGCAAGCUCGCCCUUAAAACCUUUACUCCAAGUGAUUGCAGCAGCAGGAAUGCUGUAACGGGCAGCAGCAGUACAGCCAACUAUUAGCACCAACCACACUCCAAGUUAACAAGUUGGAGCGACGUCAGGCGAAACGCCAGGAGCCACGCCAGGAGAAUGUCGUUUCCGGGGGCGCCACCACCGUUCUUACUGCCGCCGCCGCCUCCAUCACCAUUGCAAUCACGGCUGCUGGUGCUGCCGCGUCCUCCGCCUGUUGUUUAUUGCAGUAACCGUUCGGCUGGACCAGUAGCUACCGGUAUCCAUAACGAAUAUGUACGACAUCCGGGGUGGCCGCGUGGAUGCCACUGCCGACUCAAGCACCAUCGUAACCAACAGCUGUGCCCACCACUUUCCGCUUCUCCGGCGUCCAUAUCACCCACGGAAGGUGACGUGUCCCCAGGCGCCCUUUUCAGCUCCCGCCGCAGCGGCCUAGUGGUACAGAGCGGCUGUAGCGCUAAAGUACGACAGCGGGGGCCCUGCCGAGCAGGGUGUCGGCUAGCUCGAUGGGUUCAGGCGUCAGCAGCUGCGUCAGCAACAGGCGGCUCCGGUGGUGGCGCUAAUGGCGCCAGGAAGGGGAGGAGCAGGGGGGCGAAAUUGAAAGAAGCUGGGGCAUCGAGGGGCCGUCACGGUGACAGCGCUAAAGACAGCGGCGGCAGUAUCGCUGUCAGUGGCUCUGAGGACGGCAGGCACGGUGACUACGGCGGAGGAGGACGCAGCAGUGGGGCAAGUGGAGGUAGUAAGGGUAGCAGUGGUGGCAGCCGAGGCGGCAAGAGGAGUUCCCUCAGGGAGAGGAAUGCGAGUGGCAGUGGAGGCAACGACGACGCCAGCAGCAGCAGCGCCAGCAGCAGCAGCGCCAGCAGCAGCACUGAUGGCACACCCUUUACGACCUCUUCCUCAUCUCCUACUGCCGUCUCCUCCACUUCCCCCUCCUCUUCCCCGUCCUCCUUUGCUUCCGCUCCUCCGUCCUCGAGCGUUUCGGCUGGUCGUGGACGUGCGCUGACGGGACUCAGGACUGUUAUCGGUCGACGCCGGACCCAACCGCCGCCAACCCCCGAAGCAGCCGUCCAUGCAAGCGUCUCCAUGUUCCCUGCCGCUGCUGCUGCUGCCUCCCCCGUGGGCACUGCCACCGACUCCCCUGCCGCGCUUCCUGCGGCCGCACCCUCUGCCGCCCUCCCGACAGCCUCAGUUGCUACGGCCGGCACCGACAAUGGGGGCAGCAGCCUCUCUGUAGCAGCAGCAGCAUCAGGGGUUGACGCACCUAUCGAGGAUGUGUCCUGUGGCAGUCCUGCCCCGAGCGUCACUGAGAGCACCAGCACUGGUAGGGGCGGUGCCGGCGGCGCCGGAAGCGACAGCCGUCGCGGCCGCCACCGCCACCGCAUAUCGACCGAGGAGCUGGAGGGCAUGUUAGGCCUUACGUCGGACGAGGUCACGCCCUUUUCAAACUUGGGAGCGCCGCCACGGCCUCCAUCCCCACCCCCGUCUCCGCGGCAUCCAAAGCCGGAACCUUUGGCAGAGGAAAAGGAGCGGGAGGAGGACGAUGUGUUCGCGGGAAUGGCUGAGCUGUUUGACUUUGGCGAUGACUAUGACACGGGGACAGCGGCGGCGUCAGUGACGGCAGCGGCGGCGGCGGUGACGUCAACGACGACGAGGCACCAGGAUACGGCAUCCGCGCCAACAGCAUCAGCAGUGACCGCGACUGAGGUGUUUGUGUCCUCUUCCUCCAUCAUCACCGAUGCUCGCAACGGUAGCGGUAGCAACAUCUCGCGUCACGGUCAACACCACCCGCGAAGCCAGCAGAACGAUACCCACCACCACCAGCAGCACUUCCAUGACCUAGCGCUGGGGUCAGUGUGGCUGGAUGAAGCGGCCAGUGAUAUCGACAGCGGCAGCGAUAGCGAGGGCGGCGAGAGAUGGGG